CUGUCAGCAAAGAACAUGGGUCCAUAAUAAACACUCCAUACACAAUAAUUUAUGCAUAGAAUUUCAUGUGGUAACGGCUAUAUUUCCAGUGCUUCUAAUAAUCAAAUCAAAACCCCCCACCGCCCAUUUAACGGUCCUUUUCUUUUCCCUCCCUUAAUAAUCCAACUCACGUUCAUCUCUCUCUCUCUACAAUUUCAUACUUCCCCAAUUUCAUCUCUCUCUACAGUUUCUCUCUCUAAGAUAUACAUCGAUCCAUGGAAAAUACUAAUCCUAAUAAUAAUAGUACGGCAAGCAGAGUUCAGCACGUGGCAAAAUCAUCCUCCGACCAGCUGCUGCGGAAGUUCGCCGAGGUGGGUACCGAUUCGAACGACAAAUCUUCAUCAGCUAAAGAUUUGAGAUUGGCUAAACGAGCUAAAACAAGCCAAGAAAUUAGGAAAGAAUCAAAACGUGGUAACAACAAGAUUUUAGGAGAGAGAAAAUCACUUCUUCCACCUCAACUGGCAGCUCCCCGCAAAUCGACGGCUUUGAUUCGGAAGCUCGGGAUUUGUAGGGCCAAGAUCAGAGCCAGGGAUAUCAAGAACAAAUCCAUCAUCACUGCACUUGGGAAGACGUGGCGAAGAACCGUGGAAGGGGCUUCGAGGGUUUUGAUGGAGAAGCACUAUAACCGCCAUAAACGACUAAUAGACGACUCAUAGUUAACGGUAAUAAUGUUAUUGCAUCGAUCGGCUUCCUUUAACCAAUGUCACGAUUCUUGGUUUAUUUGUUGGUUCUUUGUAAAACUAGGCUUGUUUUAAUAGUUUGAUAAUCCCUUUUCGACGAAUUGGUUGUGCACGAAAGAAAUUAGUGAUAUUAACUGUCACAUUAUCGUUUGUAAGGUCAUACUCGGUUGUCUUGAUAGAGUCGUAUAUAAACUUUC